AUGCUGUUGGAGCAGUCAGUUUCUCUGAAAGGGGAUCCGAGCGGGUUCAGCCACACACAUACAUACACAAUCAAUCCCUUUGCCCCUCUCUAUUCUUACUCUCCUCGUGCCUUUUGUGACUUUCGAUCGUUUCGAAAUAAGACUUUGGAAGGGGGCGAUUGGUGCAUCAUUUUACAUCUUCACCACACACACAUCACUCACAUCUUCCUUCAUUUUUGGACUGCUGCUGGUCUCACAUUAAGCCGCAACCCUCAAACGACCACUCACGCUCCUUCAAUCCUCACGCUCGUUCACACGGAUCACAAAAACAAAGCAGUCUCCUAAUCCUCUCUCUUUCCGAACCACGACGACCAUUCUAUCACGAUGUUCUCUGCUCUCUCUACGAUCCUCACGCUAUGCCUGGCCAGGUCAGCCCUCGCCACUAUCUACACUACCAGCCCAGUAGCUUCCACAGUCGCUACAGGUGGACAAGUGUUGAACGUUUCUUGGGCCGACGACGGUCAAUCCCCUUCCGUCUCACAAGUUGGACCAUGUUCCAUUGACAUCUUCGUCGGAAGCUCAACGCAACAAGUCUGGCUUCAAAACCUCGGUGAAAGCGUAGACGUAUCCAAGACAUCUGCCAUCAGUUCCACGAUCAACCCCUCCAUCGGUCAAUCUGGAGAUUACUAUUUUAUCAAAUACGUCUCACUCAACUUUAAAGACCCAAAGAACCCUCAGUACCCUUAUACCCAAUACUCGGCAAGAUUCACAAUCAACGCCAUGACUGGCAAUUUCAACUCAUCCGUCAUGGCUCUCAUUGAUUCUACCGGCGCACCUACCACUUCAGCCGCAACAAACACUGCAGCCGUCGUCGUCGCCGCAUCUACAGUCAAGAGCACUGUUCAGUCCGCUUCUGCUUCUGCCUCUGCCGCUAAAUCAAGCGCAAAAGUCACCACAGCGGCCACUGGAGCAGCUGGUCAAUCCUUCACUACAUCAGCGACCUUGGUCCUCUCCGUUCUCGGUAUGGCCACUUACUUUGUCAUGUAAAUGAGAGAUACGACAGGACGUUUUGUUUUUCUCUCUUCCUCUGUGUGUGUCGGGAUGGACUCUUUCUCACCUGGUGUCUUCUUUCUUCUAUGCCAUCACGACCAUUCUAUACAUGUCUAUAUCCCGUGCGGACUGAAUCCCCGCACGCUGAACCCAAAUUCUCUUCUUUCGCCUUCUUCGUCAAACCUCUUUUGGCUCAUAUAUAACUCGUCUUGAUGACGGACAACAUGAUGCACGAUUU